CUCCUCACAGCAGCUGCCUGGGGUCUGUGCCCAGGGCUGAGCGCUCGGAAUGGCUCCCAGCAAUGCUCUCAUGAUCCACAUGGAGGAGAAGCUGCUGCCAAAGGAAAAGAAUAAACUGAGGAAGCCGGUGGUGGAGAAAAUGCGCCGGGACCGGAUUAACAGCAGCAUCGAGCAGCUGAAACUGCUCCUGGAGAAGGAGUUCCAGAGGCACCAGCCCAACUCCAAGCUGGAGAAAGCUGACAUCCUAGAAGUGGCUGUCAGUUACCUGAAGCAGCAGAGCCAGCUACAGGACCAAAAAACAUUCAUCCACAAAAACCCAGAGCAGGACUUUAACAGCGGGUACCUGCGGUGCCUCAAGGAAGCGAUGCACUUUCUGUCCUACCACGAGCCCAAGAAGGAGACCCAGGUCCAGCUGAUCAAGCACUUCUGCAAGGCUCAGCUGGGUGCAGAUGCCUCGUACCCUCCAGCUCUGCGUGGCUCCCCCCUGUCUCCCUGCGUGUUUCCCAGAAAACAGCCUGCCCAGAAGAGUGUGGCUGCUGCUCCGACCAUCUGGAGACCCUGGUAG